AUGUUUGCUGAAGCAACAAUUUUGGAUCCACGAUUUAAAAAGUUUGGAUUUGAUAGUAAAACAGCUUUCGAAUGUGCAAAACAAAAUUUAAUUAGUUAUGUCACCAGGAAUACCUCAUCAUCAAGUGAAGUCACCAACAGAAAUGAUGAGCAGAUUCAGGCAGAUGGAGUUGAAUUAACAAAAAGACUACAAAAUCAGCUAUAUGGGAAUCUUUUGAUUCGGCUAUUGCUAAUGUGGUGUCUAGUGUUAAUCCUUUAA